GGCCUUGAUAAUCCGUCCCCGAGCUCCGAGGGGGCGGGUUCGGGUGCGGGCGCGGCGGGGGCUGCUGCUUCAGAAUCUGACCAGAUGAAUUUUUAAUGAGCCCAUGAAGGGCUUCCAACUCUCGCCUUCCCCUUCUGAAGGUUCACAGCACAUCCUUUUGAGCAUCAUUUCCAAUUUUGCCUGGGGGACUGACGAAACUCAGCAGGGUGUGUCUGACAGCUACUCCAGAAAACAUGGCCAAGUUUGCCCUGAAUCAGAACCUGCCUGACCUGGGCGGCCCUCGCCUGGGCCCCGGCCCCACCGCGGGCGCCCGCAGCCCGAGCUCGCCCUACUCAGUGGAGACACCCUAUGGCUUCCACCUCGACCUGGACUUCCUCAAGUACGUGGAGGAGCUGGAGCGCGGCUCCGCCACCCGCCGCGCCCCGGGCCCGCUGCCUGCGCGCCGCCCCAGAGCACCCCGGGCUGGCCUCGCAGGCGCGCGCAGCCCAGGCGCCUGGACGUCCAGCGAGUCCCUGGCUAGUGACGAUGGGGGAGCAUCGGGCGCGCUCUCCCCGGGCGCACCCUCGGGGCUCCUGCUGCAGCCGCUGUCGCCGCGCGUGCCCGUGCGGAACCCGCGCGUCGAGCGCACGCUUCUGGAAACGAGCCGGCGGCUGGAGCUCGCGCAGGCGCACGAGGGCGCGCCCAGCCCCGCCCGCGCCGUCCCGCGCAGCCCGCGUGGGUCGGGCCGCAGCAGCCCCGCCUCCAACCCCGCCCUCGCUUCUCCCGGUCCCGCGCAACUGCAGCUGGUGCGCGAGCAGAUGGCCGCGGCUCUGCGGCGCCUGCGCGAGCUCGAGGAACAGGCGCGCGCGCUGCCGGAGCUGCAGGAGCAGGUGCGCGCGCUGCGCGCCGAGAAGGCUCGGCUGCUGGCUGGGCGCGGGCAGCCGGAGCCCGACGGGGAGGCCGCGGCGCGCCCCGACAAGCUAGCUCAGCUGCGGCGGCUCACCGAACGCUUGGCCACCUCCGAGCGCGGUGUUCGCGCCAAGGCUAGCCCCUGGGCCGAUGGCCCCGACGGGCCGGCUUCCAGGCGCAGUGAGGGCACGCUCGAGGUCCCCGAUGCGGUGGCCGGGACGCCCGACGGGGCGCCGCAGACGCAGGAGGCUGGCGCCCAGGCCGUGCCGGAGACCCAGGACGCUAGGGCCCAGGCAGUGCCGGAGACCCGGGAGGCCGGCGUGGAGGCGGCUCCCGAGACCCUCGAGGCAGACGCGUGGGUGACCGAGGCGCUGCUGGGGUUGCCCGCCGCCGCCGAGCGCGAGCUGGAGCUGCUGCGAGCCAGCCUGGAGCACCAGCGCGGGGUGAGCGAGCUCCUGCGCUCCCGGCUGCGCGAGCUGGAGGAGGCCCGCGAGGCUGCCGAGGAGGAAGAGGCGGCAGCGGCAGCCCGGCCCCAGCCGCGCGAUGCAGCCACCCAGACCCCGUGGGGUUGUGCCGCGAAGGCCACACAGACCGAGAGCCCCGCGGAGGCUCCUCCCCUGACCCAGGAGAACCCGUCAGGACCUGCGGAUGGGGACAGAGUCGCGGCCCCCGCGGGCACCCUCAAAUCCAUCAUGAAGAGGAGAGAUGCCACUACACCUGGCGCCCAACCCAGCCCCGGACCCAAGAGCCUGCAGUUUGUUGGGGUCCUCAACGGAGAGUAUGAGAGCUCUUCCAGCGAGGACGACGACAGCGACAGCGACAGCGAGGACGGUGCUGCCGAUCCUCCAAAGAGCAGUUCCUCCGGCUCCGGGGACGACAGCGGCAGGGAAGUCCCGGACCCCGAGCCCGAGCCGGAGGCAGAACCUCAGCCGGGUGCGCAGGGGAGGUGCGAGCUGAGCCCGCGUUUGAGGGAGGCGUGCGCAGCGCUGCACCGGCAGCUGAGCCGGCCGCGCGGAAUCGCCCGCGACGGCGGCGCGGCGCGCCUAGUGGCCCAGGAGUGGUUUCGGGUGUCGAGCCAGCGGCGCUCUCAGGCGGAGCCCGUGGCUGGGGUGCUGGGCGCCGUGGCGCGCCUGGGACCCGAGCUGCUGGCCCACGUGGUGAACCUGGCGGAUGGCAACGGGAACACAGCCCUGCACUACAGCGUGUCCCAUGGGAACCUGGCCAUCUCGAACUUGCUGCUGGACACCGGGGUCUGCGAGGUCGACCGCCAGAAUCGGGCAGGCUACUCAGCCCUCAUGCUGGCCGCGCUCACCUCUGUGGGGCGAGAAGAGGACACGGCUGUGGUUCAGAGGCUCUUCCGCAUGGGCGACGUUAACGCCAAGGCCAGCCAGACAGGACAGACAGCCCUUAUGCUGGCUAUCAGCCACGGCCGCCAGGACAUGGUGGCGGCCCUGCUGGCCUGUGGGGCAGACGUGAACGCACAGGAUGCAGACGGGGCCACAGCACUGAUGUGCGCCAGUGAGUACGGGCGCCUGGACACCGUCCGCUUGCUGUUGGCCCAGCCGGGCUGCGACCCGGCCCUCCUGGACAACGAGGGCACCAGUGCCCUGGCCAUUGCCCUGGAGGCCGAGCAGGAGGAGGUAGCUGCCCUGCUGCAUGCCCACCUGAGCUCUGGGCAGCUGGACUCCCCGUCACCCCUUGACGCCCCCGCGGCUGUGCCUGGUGAAGGAGAAUGCAGUGACCACAGAGAAGACCCUCAGCCACAGUGAACGGCCUGGCACCCUGGACCUGGACUGGGUGCAGGGGGGGAUCUUUCCUUUCUUCACCCCAGCCCGUGGGGGCACAGCAGGGGCCAGGGUUUGCUAUCCAGAUGCUAGCCCUGGGCCAAAAGAAAGGCUUGGAUGGUCAGUGUUCCGGAGGGGCUCACCCUGGACCAGCAGGAUGAGACGGGCUGAAUGAAAAGUGACAAGGCCCCCGAGUCCACCCACUCACAGAAUAAAACAUUACUAACUCA